AUGUUCUUUAAAAAAUACCUGGAAAACUGCUUUUGGCCUGUUGGGUAUGUUUUCACAGAAUCGCAAAAUAUCAGAGCUGAGAAAUACAAAAAGGAAAUUGCAGCUUAUUUAAUAACAUUUGAGAAACACGAAGAAUGGCUAACCACCUCCCCUAAGACAAGACCACAGAAUGGCUCAAUGAUACUCUACAACAGGAAGAAAGUGAAAUACAGGAAAGAUGGGUAUUGCUGGAAAAAGAGGAAAGAUGGGAAAACGACCAGAGAGGACCACAUGAAACUGAAGGUCCAGGGAGUGGAGUGCUUGUACGGCUGCUAUGUCCAUUCCUCCAUCAUCCCCACCUUCCACCGGAGGUGCUACUGGCUCCUUCAGAACCCCGACAUCGUCCUGGUGCACUACCUGAACGUGCCCGCCAUCGAGGACUGUGGCAAGCCCUGCGGCCCGGUCCUCUGCUCCAUCAACACCGACAAGAAGGAGUGGGCGAAGUGGACCAAGGAGGAGCUCAUUGGGCAGCUGAAACCCAUGUUCCACGGCAUCAAGUGGACCUGCAGCAACGGGAACAGCAGUUCAGGCUUCUCGGUGGAGCAGCUGGUGCAGCAGAUCCUCGACAGCCACCAGACCAAGCCGCAGCCGCGGACCCACAAUUGCCUCUGCACUGGCAGCUUGGGAGCGGGCAGCAGCGUGCACCACAAGUGUAACAGUGCCAAACACCGCAUCAUCUCGCCGAAGGUGGAGCCACGGACUGGGGGGUACGGGAGCCACUCGGAGGUGCAGCACAAUGACGUGUCCGAGGGCAAGCAUGAGCACAGCCACGGCAAGGGCUCGAGCCGCGAGAAGAGGAACGGCAAGGUGGCCAAGCCGGCUUUGCUGCACCAGAACAGCACCGAGGUCUCCUCCACCAACCAGGUGGAGGUCCCUGACACCACCCAGAGCUCCCCUGUGUCCAUCAGCAGUGGGCUCAACAGCGAUCCCGACAUGGUGGACAGCCCCGUGGUCACAGGCGUGUCCAGCAUGGCGGUGGCCUCCGUGAUGGGGAGCUUGUCCCAGAGCGCCACAGUGUUCAUGUCUGAGGUCACCAACGAGGCCGUGUACACCAUGUCCCCCACCGCUGGCCCCAACCACCACCUCCUCUCACCCGACGCCUCUCAGGGCCUCGUCCUGGCCGUGAGUUCCGACGGCCACAAGUUCGCCUUCCCCACCACGGGCAGCUCGGAAAGCCUGUCGAUGCUGCCCACCAACGUGUCCGAAGAGCUGGUCCUCUCCACCACCCUGGACGGUGGCCGGAAGAUUCCAGAAACCACCAUGAACUUUGACCCCGACUGUUUCCUCAAUAACCCAAAGCAGGGCCAGACGUACGGGGGCGGGGGCCUGAAAGCCGAGAUGGUCGGCACCAACGUCCGGCACUCGCCACCAGUGGAGAGGGGCUUCAGCUUCACCGCCGUCCUCACCAAGGAGAUCAAGACCGAGGACACCUCUUUCGAGCAGCAGAUGGCCAAAGAAGCGUACUCCUCCUCCGCGGCGGCUGCGGCCUCCAGCUCCCUCACCCUCACUGCGGGCUCCAGCCUCCUGCCGUCGGGCGGGGGCCUGAGUCCCAGCACCACCCUGGAGCAGAUGGACUUCAGUGCAAUAGACUCCAACAAGGACUACACAUCCAGCUUCAGCCAGACCGGCCACAGUCCCCAUGUCCACCAGACCCCCUCCCCCAGCUUCUUCCUGCAGGACGCCAGCAAACCCCUCCCCAUCGAGCAGAAUGCCCACAGCAGCCUGAGUGACUCUGGGGGCACCUUUGUGAUGCCCACGGUAAAAACAGAGGCCUCGUCACAAACCAGCUCCUGCAGCGGCCACGUGGAGACCCGGAUAGAGUCCACUUCCUCCCUCCACCUCAUGCAGUUCCAGGCCAAUUUCCAGGCUAUGGGGGCAGAAGGGGAGGUCACCAUGGAGACCUCACAGGUGGCUGAAGGGGGUGAGGGCCUGAUCAAGUCUGGGGAGCUUCAGGCCUGUAGCUCUGAACACUACCUGCAGCCCGAGCCCACCGGGGUGAUCCGCAGCGCCGGGGGCGUCCCCAUCCUCCCGGGCAAUGUGGUGCAGGGACUCUACCCCGUGGCCCAGCCUGGCCUUGGCAAUGCCUCCAACAUGGAGCUCAGCCUGGACCACUUUGACAUCUCCUUCAGCAACCAGUUCUCUGACCUGAUCAACGACUUCAUCUCCGUGGAGGGGGGCAGCGGCACCAUCUACGGGCACCAGCUGGUGUCGGGGGAGAGCACGGCCCUCUCACAGUCGGAAGACGGGGCCCGCGCCCCCUUCACCCAGGCGGAGAUGUGCAUCCCCUGCUGCAGCCCCCAGCAGGGGAGCCUGCAGCUGAGCAGUGCCGAGGGCGGGGCUGGCACCAUGGCCUACAUGCACGUCGCCGAGGUGGUCUCGGCCGCCUCGGCCCAGGGCACCCUGGGGAUGCUGCAGCAGAGCGGACGGGUGUUCAUGGUGACCGACUACUCCCCAGAGUGGUCGUACCCGGAGGGAGGUGUGAAGGUUCUCAUCACAGGCCCAUGGCAAGAAGCCAGCAAUAACUACAGCUGCCUGUUCGACCAGAUCUCAGUGCCUGCGUCCUUGAUUCAGCCCGGCGUGCUGCGCUGCUACUGCCCAGCCCAUGACACUGGUCUUGUGACCCUACAAGUUGCCUUCAACAACCAGAUCAUCUCCAACUCAGUGGUGUUUGAGUACAAAGCUCGGGCCCUUCCCACGCUCCCUUCCUCCCAGCAUGAUUGGCUGUCAUUGGACGAUAACCAGUUCAGGAUGUCCAUCCUAGAGCGACUGGAGCAGAUGGAAAGGAGGAUGGCUGAGAUGACGGGGUCCCAGCAGCACAAACAGGGGAGCGGAGGUGGCGGCAGUGGAGGGGGCAACGGGAGCGGGAACGGAGGAGGUCAAGCUCAGUGCGCUUCUGGCCCUGGGACGCUGGGGAGCUGCUUUGAGAGCCGCGUGGUCGUCGUAUGUGAGAAGAUGAUGAGCCGAGCCUGCUGGGCCAAGUCCAAGCAUUUGAUCCAUUCAAAGACUUUCCGUGGAAUGACCCUCCUACACCUGGCUGCGGCCCAGGGCUAUGCCACCCUAAUCCAGACCCUCAUCAAAUGGCGCACAAAGCAUGCAGACAGCAUUGAUUUGGAACUGGAAGUUGACCCCUUGAAUGUGGACCACUUCUCCUGUACUCCUCUGAUGUGGGCAUGUGCCCUAGGGCACUUAGAAGCUGCCGUCGUGCUAUACAAGUGGGACCGUCGGGCCAUCUCUAUUCCUGACUCUCUAGGAAGGCUGCCUUUGGGAAUUGCCAGGUCAAGGGGUCAUGUGAAAUUAGCAGAGUGUCUGGAGCACCUGCAGAGAGAUGAGCAGGCUCAGCUGGGACAGAACCCCAGAAUACACUGUCCUCCAAGCGAAGAGCCUAAUACAGAUAGCUGGAUGACCCAGUGGCACAGCGAAGCCAUCAACUCUCCAGAAAUACCCAAAGGAGUCACCGUUAUUGCAAGUACCAAUCCAGAGCUGAGAAGACCUCGGUCUGAACCCUCUAAUUACUACAGCAGUGAGAGCCACAAAGAUUAUCCAGCUCCCAAAAAGCAUAAAUUGAACCCUGAGUACUUCCAGGCAAGGCAGGAGAAGCUGCUUUCCACUGCACUGAGUCUGGAACAGCCAAAUAUCAGGAAGCAGAGCCCUAGUUCUAAGCAGUCUGUCCCCGAGACAAUCAGCCCCAGUGAAGGAGUGAGGGACUACAGCCGGGAACUCUCCCCUCCCACUCCAGAGACUGCAGGAUUCCAAGCCUCUGGAUCUCAGCCUGUAGUAAAGUGGAAUUCCAAAGAUCUUUACAUUGGUGUGUCUACAGUACAGGUGACUGGAAAUCCGAAGGGGACCAGUGUAGGAAAGGAUGCCGCACCUUCACAGGUGCGUCCACGGGAACCAAUGAGUGUCCUGAUGAUGGCUAACAGAGAGGUGGUGAAUACAGAGAUGGGGUCCUACCGUGAUAGUGCAGAAAACGAGGAAUGCUCACAACCCAUGGAUGAUAUACAGGUAAACAUGAUGACCUUGGCAGAACACAUCAUUGAAGCCACACCUGACCGAAUCAAGCAGGAGAAUUUUGUGCCCAUGGAGUCGUCAGCAUUGCAAAGAACAGAUACUGCUGCCAUUAGCAGUACAAUGAGCUGGCUGGCCAGUUACCUAGCUGAUGUCGAUCAUCUGCCAAAUGCUGCCCAGAUCAGAGGUGCAUAUAACGAGCCUCUAACCCCUUCUUCUAACACCAGCUUGAGCCCCGUAGGCUCGCCAGUCAGUGAAAUAGCUUUUGAGAAGCCCAGCCUCCCCUCAGCCGCGGACUGGUCGGAAUUCCUGAGCGCAUCUACCAGUGAGAAGGUAGAGAAUGAGUUUGCUCAGCUAACUCUGUCUGAUCAUGAGCAGAGAGAACUCUAUGAGGCUGCCAGGCUUGUCCAGACAGCUUUCCGGAAAUACAAGGGCCGACCUUUGCGGGAACAGCAAGAAGUGGCUGCUGCUGUCAUUCAGCGUUGUUACAGAAAAUACAAACAGUAUGCACUUUAUAAAAAGAUGACACAGGCUGCCAUCCUUAUCCAGAGCAAAUUUCGAAGUUACUAUGAACAAAAAAAAUUUCAGCAGAGCCGGCGUGCUGCCGUGCUGAUCCAGAAGUAUUACCGGAGUUAUAAGAAAUGUGGCAAGAGACGGCAGGCCCGCCGGACGGCUGUCAUCGUCCAGCAGAAACUCAGGAGCAGUUUGCUAACCAAAAAGCAGGACCAAGCUGCUCGAAAAAUAAUGAGGUUUCUCCGCCGCUGUCGCCACAGAGUGAAAGGAUUGAAAAAGGCCAAGGAACUUGAAGACACACAGCAGCAUCCCUUAGCAAUGUGACAUUGCUUUCCAGACUGUUUUCAUUUCUGUUUUUAGCAGAGACAUGCAACAACGACGACACACACGCACGCACAUGCGCACACACACACACACACACACACACACAAUCCCUCUGCAGUUUUGGGGCGAUCAGCUGCAGGAUUUUAACAGGAAUGUUUUGGUCAUUGCAUUUGCACUUUCAUGGACAACUUUUAAUUUGAUCAGCAAGACAUCUUGGAACUCAAUCUUCUGUUGGAUCAUGGGAAAACAAGACACCACGAGGAAUCGAAAGAGGCUUCCUCUUCCUAGGAAGAAGCCGUUUUCCUUCUCAUAUAGGGCUGUAUUCAAACAUCGUGUGGAACUGUACAAAUAUUUAUACCAAAAAUAUAGAUAAGAAAAGGUGGGGAUGCACUAGCCACAAAAGAGAAGGCUGUUCCUGCGCCUGCCAGUGAUUUCCAAGAAGCUGAAUCUUUGGAUUGAUUCUCAGUGGAGGGCUUAGAUCAUACCUUCUUGGGUCCGUGUGUUCUCAUUUCCUUCACUGUUUUUAUUUCAUUUUGUUUGUUUGUUUUUGUUUUAAUCUCUACAGCACACUUAAUGCAACUUUUAAAAUCUACAGGUUUUUAACGUCUUGUGGAAAUUUGCAGAGGGGCGGGUGUGUGGUCAACGGGUAAUGCAUGGGAGAUCAUGAGAAACAGCUGACAGAGGUUAAACUUAUUUUCCUGUCCCCACCACCUUCCAAGGACCUGCGAGGAUAGUAAUCAUCUUGUCCCUUUUCUCAUGUCCAGCACUUUAAUUUUUUUGCCUUACUUUCACGUGCAAUGAGAAUUACUUAGAGAAUGGGUAAAGCAUGUAGCUUUUUUUAGUAACCUUGGAAACUGUAGUCAUUCUAAGGAGUCAUAAACUUUGCCUGGACAUUUACCACCUAAAAGAUCAGUGUGGUGCUGCGUUCUGGCCAGUAAAUUCCAUAUUUUUGGCUAUAUCUCAUCCAAACUGAGCAGUUUCUGUGUAUAUAUAGAAGGUAGAAAUGGAAAGUGAGAAAAUAUUUGAAAGGGAUUAUAUUAAUUGCUAAAUAUUUUAUUCACAAAGGUCAAUAACAUGGCAAGAUAAAAUUAUUUGUAUAGUUUUGUCUGAAUGAGCGAGAAAAAUGUGGAUGUAUUGUUUGUAUAUAUUGUAUAUAUUAAAACAAAGAGAUAUGUGCAUGAAAUCAAGAAAAAAGAAAAGAACAAAAGCAAAGCAUUAGUGGCUAUGGUCUGUAAAAUGAAACAAAAAAAACUUUAUUUCACUAUAAGAGUACUUUAUUUUAAAUGUUCUUUAGAAGAACAUUUUGCUAAAGCAUGACUAAACUGCAAAAAAAAAAGAGCUACUGUAUUUAGACUUAGGAAAAAAGGCAGAGUAACAUUACUUAAAAAAAAGGAUAUGUUUACAUUUAAUUUUGGCUACCAGGAGUUUAUUUUAUUUUAUUUAAAAAAAUUUUUUUUGCCAAUGGUGCCAAGUAAUGUGAAUGCUAAUAUUGCUUAAGAAAAUUAAGUUAAUUUUGCUAAACGGAUAAUCAUAAGAUGAAUCAGUAUAUAGCUUAACACCGUCCACUCACUCCAACAAAGAACACUUAGAAUGAUCAAAACCUGACAAAAGAAAUAGUAUGAAAAGUAGAAAAAAUGUCUCAUGUUUUCAUAUCUCCUGCUGGAAAUCAGAAAAUGUAAUAAAGAAUUGCACAAAAAAUAACUAAAAAUUAAAAAGAUGCAAACUGGUCUUGUAGGGAUGUCACGGUAUAUUACUAUUUCCACAUAAUGAGGAGCCAAAGAAAUCUGAUGCUUUUAAAAAUUAAACUACUCAUGUUAAAUUGAGAGAAUAAAGUUCGCAUUUGCUGAUGCCAGUUUAAAAUUCCCAGGUUAAAGUUUCAGAAUCAGUUGGUGUAAAGCUGAGAUAAUUGUUUUUUCUUGGUUCUGGCUGCCAACUGUAAGUUAAAAUUCAAGGCUUGUUGUGAAGCCUAAAAAUAUUCACAAGUACGCUUUUAAACUGGUGUCUUUAGAAGGAAGGUAGAUACAAAAAGAUUGUGGUAAAACUGGGGUCAGUGCUCUUGGUGCCUUUUCUAUAAUUGUACUUGUUUUUUAAUUACUUCCUUUCACUGCCAACCUCGAAUUACUGUACAGUAUACGUCUUACCGCUUGUGAUCAGCUUUGACAACAGUGACAGCCCCACAGUCAGUAGCCCCCUGUACAUGUGUAAACUGAGCUGACUCAAUUUUGUUUUUAAAUGUGUGGGUUAAGUUGCAGCUGUUGCAGUCCCCCAAACACCUAUUAUUUGACACAGUUUGGCCUAUAGGAGGACACUGAGUAAUUUACACACACACAAUUGCAUUCAUAAAUGGGAAUAGAAUGUGAAAGCCAGCUCUUUCAGAAUAUCCUAUAUUAAUACUGAAUUUAGAUAUGUUUAUUCCAUUUAUUAUGGUACAAAUAACUGAUCUUUCGACAAGAGUAAUGACCUCAGUGGAUUUGCUUUAACAAACCUCACAUUCAUUUAUUUAUUUUUUAAUGUUUCACAUGCUACAUUAUUAGCUGAGUAAGUUAGAAAAUUCUGGAAGAUAAAAACUUGCAUAGAAUUAGGAGGGUUCUUACGGAGGGGAUAGGAAGUAGGUUCAGAAUCUACCAGUGUAACCUACCGAUACAGGUGUGAAUCCUAGGUGAGGUGAGAAUGCACUUCCACUCAAAUGGAGCAUUUCUGACCGCUUUUUCUUGGUUGUGAAUCUUAAUUUUGAAUAUAAGAUGAUAGGUAAGCGCAGCUUUCUUGGAUAAUCUGAAUUCCCAAGUGCCAGGAGUAGGAUUUCAUUAUAAAAUUAAUAGCUAAUCUUAUUCUGUCUCCUGAAGACUUAAUUGCUACUCUUGUUACCCAUUUGAAAUCAGCUGUACUGUGUGAACGAAAUAAAGACAAUAACUCGAACCCCUCUCUGGCUGCACGGUCGCUUAUGGCAGUUCCACACAGUAGUUGGCGCCCAAUGGGGGGUCCCUGAGACUUGCAUGUAAAACUAGUCUAGAUGUCUUCUUUUUUGUAAGUUUUAUUUUUGUAAUUGUGCAUGUAAAGCAUCAUUGAAUCAAUGGAUCUGUUGAAGAACUCAGCUGCUGGAAACCAUGCAAAAUGUUUUGAAUUGCCCUUAAAAUAUGGAAAAUGUUUUCUGAAUGCUUUAUAUUCUUUCUGCUGUAAAUUAAAAAUGAAGAAAA